AUGGCUGAGCCUGAGCCCAUCGCCAUCAUAGGCAUCGGAUGCCGCCUGCCAGGCAACGUCGGCAAUCCCGAGGAUCUCUGGCAACUUCUGAGCGAGGGCCAGUCUGGCUGGGGCAGGGUCCCAGCCGACAGAUGGACUACAGACUCAUUCUACCACCCAGAUGGGUCCUCCAUUCAAGCAUACAAUGCACAAAGCGGCUACUUCCUCACCCAUGAUGUGAAGGAUUUCGACUCUAGAUUUUUCGGCUUCAACUCGCGUGAAGCAGAUUCUACGGACCCGCAGCAGCGCCUGCUGCUGGAGACCAGCUACGAGGCCCUCGAAAAUGCCGGUAUACCGAUCGAGAGCCUCCGCGGGUCAGAUACUGCCGUCUAUACUGCAGUAUUUGCUCGCGACUAUGACCGGAUGCAGUAUAAGGACCUCAACAACAUCUCCAACUUACAUCUUGGUGGAGCUGGAGAAGCGAUUCUCUCAAAUAGGUUGUCGUAUAUAUGGGACUUGAAGGGUGCUUCUAUGACUAUCGAUACUGGCUGUUCUGGAAGUCUGGUGGCACUCCACGAAGCAUGUCUCGCCUUGCGGACACGGCAGAGCAGGCUGGCUAUCGUCGGUGGGACGGAGCUGCUGCUACACCCGGACCAGUUCGUGUGCAUGGCCGCCGCUGGGAUGCUGAACUCGCAUGGAAAGUGCUUCACAUUCGACAGCCGAGGGUCCGGCUAUGGCAGAGGCGAAGGAGUCGCCACAGUCAUCAUCAAGCGUUUGUCCAAUGCCCUUGAGGACAACGACAAUAUCCACGCCAUAAUUCGCAACACUGCAUCCAAUCAAGAUGGAAAGACGAAUGGAAUCACCCUGCCCAACCCGGACUCCCAAGAGUCCCUCAUGAGGAACAUCUACCACACAGCCGGCCUUGACCCCCGAGACACACUCUACGUGGAAGCCCACGGCACGGGAACCGUAGCUGGCGACGCCGCGGAGAUCAAGUCUAUUGGGAACGUCUUCUCUGAGCACAAGCGAGAGCGCGAUCUGUUCGUUGGAUCAGUGAAGACAAAUUUGGGCCACACUGAGGCGACGAGUGGUUUGGCUGGCCUCAUAAAGGCCGUGCUGGUCCUGCAGAAACGACAGAUUCCGCCGAAUUUGAAUUUUGAGAGACCUAAGCCGGGUCUAAACUUGGAACAGAGACAGAUUGCGAUUCCUCUCAAACUGGAGCCGUUGGUUCCGGAGGGUCAUCAGGGCCCCGUUAGAGCUUCCGUUAACUCAUUCGGCUACGGUGGUACGAACUGCCAUGUCAUUCUAGAACGUUUUGAGCCUGGGACAACUGGUCGGGCAGUGGACUCAGCAAGUGUCCAGAACGGUGGCCCUACUCACACCCAUGCAACCAAAGGCCACACUACCAGCGCGCAACAGACUUAUGCGACCAUCAGCCCACCGCUCAUAUUCCCGCUGAGUGCCUCAUCAGAGGCCGCCCUAAACGCUAUGCUUAAAGGUCUCGCGCAAUGGACCUCCGGGCGGACGUUGGAACACAACGCCCUUCGAGACCUCUCAUACACCCUAUCCUGCCGCCGCUCGCAGCUCAAGUGGCGGCAAGUCUGUGUGGCUUCGACCUCGGAACAGCUUCUAUCAGAGCUCCAAGCUCAAACCAGUGCCAAACCCUUCCGAGCAGCACCGGCAACCAAGCUGGCCUUUAUCUUCACCGGCCAAGGCGCGCAGUGGGCUCGCAUGGGUUAUGAUCUGCUCUCAACCUCGGACACAUUCAAGCAAUCGCUAGAAAACGCUGGGAAGUUACUGAAAUCUCUAGAAUGUGAAUGGGAUCUUUUCGAAGAGCUGGCGAAGGCCGAUGGCGAGUCCCGUAUGAACGAGAGUGCUCUAGCCCAGCCCAUUACGACGAUUAUCCAGAUGGCACUGGUCGAUCUUCUAGGAGACUUUGGUAUCCAGCCAAGCUGGGUGGUUGGACAUAGCAGUGGUGAGAUUGCAGCCGCGUAUGCUGCGGGUGUGCUGAGUGACGACGACGCGAUCCGAUCCGCGUUUUAUCGUGGCAAAUCAUCUUCUGUUGCGAAGGCACUGAAUGACCUACCUGGUGCCAUGCUGGCGACAGGAUUCGGCGAGCAGGCAGCCAUGCAAACUAUCAAGAACGCCAGAAUCGACGAGUCCAAGGGCCGAGUGACGGUAGCUUGCGUCAAUAGCCCGGAAAGCACGACAUUGUCUGGAGAUGAGCCGGCCAUCGAGGCCGUCCAAGAGGCAUGUGCCGCGAAAGACGUCUUCGCCAGGAAGCUGAAGGUUGAGACUGCAUAUCAUUCUCACCAUAUGGAGAAGGUCGCCAAGUCGUACGCGAGCUCUUUGACGAACAUCCGGCCCAGAACCAUCCGCGAAGGCGUCCAGUUCGUGUCUUCCGUCACUGGAACUACGAAGAUAGAAGACUUUGGAGCAGCAUACUGGACGCAGAACCUGGUGUCGCAGGUACGCUUCAAUGACGCCGUGGGCCGCUUGGCCAAGAAAAUGCACGACUCUGGCAGUCAGGAUGCAGCCAACGUCUUCGUUGAGAUUGGACCGCACUCUGCUCUCCAGGGACCACUGCGACAGAUUCUUGCCACGAUGCCGGAGUUCAAAUCUUCGUACUUUGCCCCUUUGGCUCGUGGCAAGAACUCCUCGAGUACGUUCGCCACGGCCAUUGCAAGAUUCUUCGAGCUUGGGGUCCCUCUUGACCUCCGGAGCGCGUUCCGACCCAGUCAAGGAUCCGUGAAAUCUCGCGUUAUUGGCAGCAUGACCCCGUACCCUUGGAACCACCAAGUAAAGCAUUGGAAGGAGUCUCGCCUCAGCUCCGACUACAGAUUCCGUCAAUUUCCCUACCACGAUCUCCUUGGUCUGUACGACGAGCACAGCACCAUCGAGGAACCUCGCUGGCGGCACAUGCUCAGCCUCGAGCGGCUUCCGUGGCUACGGCAUCAUGUCGUCGAUGGGCAGGUCAUCUUCCCGCUUACAGGGUACAUCUGCAUGAUAUUGGAAGGCUUGAAGCAGCUGGUCCAGAUGCGCACUCCAGGCUCCAAAAUUGCCUCCUAUACGUUCAAGGACACGCGCAUACAACGUCCUGUGAUCCUUGCGCAGGACAAGAACGAGGGCUCUGCCUCUGACGUGGAGGUGCAUCUCGUUCUCAACCCCUCAAAGGACCACGGUAAUGGUUUGCACUCGGUCCGCAUCCUUUCCCUGCAGCAGGACGGCAAGUGGGCGGAGCAUGUGUCGACCAUGGUCCGCGCCGAGUUGCAGGGCGUAUCUGAAGUUGAACACUCUACAUUCUUUGGAGACGAAGACAGCAUCGCAUUUCAGGACGCACUGGAGGCCUUGGACCGCAUCACUGCUCUAGCAAGAACCGCCCUGGAUCCCGAAGUAAUGUACGCAGAGCACCGAGAGGCAGGCAAUGACUGGGGUCCCAGCUUUGCGCUCGUCACCGAGGCGAAUAUCGGAAAGGGAGUGGCUCUGGCGAAGCUCCACAACCCGGAUAUCUCUCAGUGGAUGCCACACGGCUACUUCCAGCCGCAUCUGGUACAUCCAGCGACUCUCGAUGCCAGCAGUCACAUCUUGGCGACGCUGUUUCACAAGCAGGUGCUCAACGCGCCACUGAUGCCGGUAAAGAUUGACGAGUUCACUUUUCACAACGAGAUCAACACCAUACCAGGCGAGGAGAUGAUCAUCGCAUGCGAGAUGGAGCUGCUAGGCAAAACGGCCGUGCUGGGCAAGUCGUGGCUAUUUCAGCGUGAUCCGGAUAGUGCGAAUCUCAAGUUGAUCAUUUCCAACAGCGGACUGCAGCUCCAGGCCAUUGGCGAGGAAGUGGGAGGGACAUCCCAGCUCUUUGAGCGCUACACCAACUCUCAAAUGAUGUGGAAGGAAGACCCAGGGUUCUUGAACGAGGCCACCUUCCAUGCUUUGACAAGUCCACAAGCUGAGAGGAGCCAAGAGUUCUACGACAGGCUUGAUGUCAACGAGAAAGCAGCCCUUGUCUAUCUCUCAAAGGUUCGGAACUCGCCACAGGUGCAGAACCCUGACACCGCCACGCUGCCACACCUACGGGACUUUUGCAACUGGAUCUCCGACUGGACAGCAACAUCCAGCUUCCGCGAGACUAUUGCAAGUAUGAGCGAGGAAGACAAGGUCUCGAUCUUGGACAAGUCUCUCAACAUCGGAUCACACGACGGAGCACUCAUAGGCCGCAUUGGACCGCACUUGCCAGCUAUUCUAGACAACACUAUCGAUAGCCUGGAGCUCAUGUUUGAGGGCACCCUACUGAGCAACUGGUACCGGGAAGGCCCGAUGCUGGCCGUCAACAAGCAGAUGGCAGAAUAUUUCACCACUCUGACUCAUAAAUAUCCGCAGAUGAGCAUUCUCGAGGUCGGGGCGGGCACAGGAAGCGCUGCAGCCCAUUUGUUCAAUACUCUCGGUGACAAUGGGAAGAAUCUGAUCAAGCAAUACUGCUACACUGACAUCUCUGCUGGAUUCUUUGAACAGGGCAAGGCACUUCUGGAUAAGUGGAAGGCGUUCGUGGAUUUCAAGGUGCUGGAUAUCACCAAGGACCCGAUUGAGCAGGGUUUCGAGCAAGCCCACUUCGACCUCGUGAUUGCAUCGAACGUUCUUCAUGCGACACCCUCGAUGGCCACUACAUUGCAGAAUGUCAGGAAGGUCCUCAAGCCUGGCGGCAGGAUGUUGAUGGUGGAAUUCACUCGCGUCUCGGCGGCAAGUCACAUUGUCUUUGGCACUUUGCCCGGCUGGUGGGCCUUUGAAGACGGGCGUGGGGGCGGGCCGACAUUGUCCAUAGACGAGUGGGACAAGCACCUCCGUGCCGCCUCGUUUGACGGCGUCGAGUUUGCUGCGCCCGAUUGCGAUGGACCCCUUUCUCGAUUCGCCUUCAUCGUUGCCAAGGCUGUGGACAAUGGUGUCGAGAAGUCCACAUCGGACACGAUCGCUAUGCCUGAGUCCAUUCGGGUAGUGCACAGGGGAACUGGCUCCAUGGCGCAGCACAUUGGCGAGACUCUGCUCUCUACUUUUGAGACACAGGGACUUCCCACUGAGAUAACCACAUGGGAAUCACUAGCUGCAGGCGAACCGCCAAUCGCCCAGGACGAUGCGGCCUUCUACGUCAUUCUUGACAGCGCGAACUCGUCUGUCCUGGUCAGGCCUUCUCACGCAGAGUUCAAGACGGUUCAGGCCAUACUGACUAGAACUCGGUUCGUCCUGUGGGUAACCUUUCAAGAGGAUGGCAAACCCGACAUAGCCGCAGUCAAAGCUCUCAUUGGUGGGCUAUCACGAGUGGCUCGUCGAGAGAACCAGGCCCUCAAGCUUCUGACCAUCGAGGCCAAGGACCUCGUUCACGAAGACAAUAUGUCAGAGCUGCUUUCUUACAUCCAUCGCAUAGCCGGUCUGGUUCUCACCCCCGAGGUCGAGCACUCUUCUCUGCUGUGCGAUUCAGAGUACGUCGUUUCCAACAGCAAAUGCUUAAUUCCGAGACUGCACCUGGACACGCACUUCAAGCACUGGGCGGAUCGCACCAACCACAAGAACAAAAUCGAGGAGCACCGCUACAACGACCCAGAACUACCCCUGCGUCUUGAGGUCGGCACACCCGGCCUCCUAAACACGCUGCACUUUGUCCAAAACGACGUCAUCUCCGCGCCCCUCGGCGACGACCAGAUUCAGAUCGAGGCAAAAGCAUACGGGAUCAACUUUCGCGACGUGCUCAUCGCACUAGGUCAGAUGCCUCCCGGGCAGCCAAUGGCCGGCGAGGUCUCGGGCAUCGUCACGGCCGUUGGCUCGGGCCCCUUUGUGCAGGACACAUUCAAGGUUGGUGAUCGCGUGCUGGCGCUGAGAGGCCAGGCCUUCGCGAGCCAAACGCGGGUCAAGGGCCUCCAUGCGCACCUCCUUCCACAGAAGAUCCAGACCAGCUGGUCGGACGCGGCGUCGAUCCCGCUCGUCUUCGCGACGGUGUAUUACAGUCUCGAGCAUCUCGCCCGGCUACGGCGCGGGCAGACGAUUCUCAUCCACGCCGCCACGGGCGCGGUUGGUCAAGCCGCCAUCCAGUACGCGCAACAUAUGGGAGCGGUGGUGAUCGCCACGGCCAGCACCGUCUCAAAGAGACAGACGCUGAUAGACAACUACGACAUACCCGAAAGCCACAUCCUCAACGCCAGGGCUGCACCGGCCGCCGUCAAGCGCAAGAUCAUGCGGAUGACGCAUAACAAGGGCGUCGAUGUCGUGCUCAACUCGAUCGCUGGGGAGAUGCUUGCCCAGAGCUGGGACUGCAUCGCGUCGUUUGGCAUGCACAUUGAGCUCGGCAAGGCUGACAUUUACAAGAACAGCAGUCUCAGCAUGGCGCCUUUUGACCGCAACGUUUCCUUUGCGGCCGUGGAUCUUUUCGUCAUCUGUGAGCAACGGCCAGAACUAUUCUACGAGCUUGUCGAUAAGACUGUUGAGCUUUUUGACAGUGGUGUAUUUACUCCCGUCAAGCCUGUCACGACUAUGCCGAUUGACAAGCUCGAGGCGGCAUUCAGACUCAUUGCCGAGAGAAAGCAUGUCGGUAAAGUGGUGUUGGAGAUUCCGGAUAGUGUGGUUGUCCAGACUGCGCUUCCCCCCCCACCUCGUGUGGCACUGGCUCGUGAUGGCACAUACAUCAUUGCUGGCGGGCUGGGAGAUAUUGGACGAAGGUUAAUCAUGCUGUUGGCGAGUCUUGGAGCGGGCAAUAUCAUCACUCUGUCAAGGAGGAAGCUCGACCAGGCUGAGCAUGAUGCUAUCGUGGCCAAGGUCGGAGCAGCGGGCAGCAGGCUCCAUGUCCUCCAAUGCGAUAUAACUAUUGCUGAGAGUGUGCAAGGGCUACUGAAUCACUGCCAGAGAUCCCUACCGCCCGUCCGAGGCAUUCUCCAUAGCGGCAUGGUGCUCAUAGACCACCCCAUACCCGAGCUGUCUUUAGACGACUGGAACACAGUUUUAGGACCCAAAGUACUUGGCUCAUGGAACCUUGACAACGCCUUUUCCUCGCCCGACCUGGACUUCUUCAUCAUGCUGUCAUCAGCCAGCGGUGUCAUUGGCAAUCCCGGCCAAGCCAACUACGGCGCCGCCAACAACUUCCAGGACGCCUAUGCCAGAUAUCAUCCGGAGACCUACAAGACGCGAUAUACCUCCCUGGCACUCCCUCCCGUCGGUGGAUCUGCGUACAUCGACGACCUCAUCGAGGCAGGUACGACCGUGGCAAUCACCCGCAUCGGUGCGUUUGUCAUGUCCCUCGAGGAAAUACUGCAGGUGAUCGAAUAUUCUAUGCGACAGUCCGAUGACAUGCCCAGGACGAACUUGUCUAUCAUGGGCUUCGAUAGGCAGUCGGCGAGCGAGAUGCCAGAUUUGACCUUUUGGACACCCAUGUGCGAGACAUUGCCACACUCAGUGACGGGCGAUAGCGAGGGCAACAACGGCGAGGGCACAGCGAAGCGCGACAUUGAGGGUUUGCUGAAGGCUGCAAAGACUAUGGACGAGGCUGUCGAUAUCAUCGCGCAAGCCACCGUUGACAAGUUUGCAAUCUUUCUGAACAUCCCCGUGGAAGAUCUCAGCAUUCACCAGGCCCCUUCCGCGAUCGGGCUGGACUCAUUGGUUUCGAUCGAGCUCAAGAACUGGAUCAUAAGGGCGUUCAAGGCGACAUUACAGGCUUCGGAGCUCGCCAGUGCCGCAAGUAUUCUGGCGCUCGCUGGGACGCUCGCGAUGAGGUCGAAGUUCGUCUCCCCCGACAUUCGCAAUCUGACCAGCAACGGGAACUCAGCUCCUCACGACGAGGAGAAGGCCGAACAGAAUGGAGCAGGUGAAUGCACCACGAAAGAAAACGGUAUCCAUGCAUCAGUAGAGUUACCACGUCUUCCCGUACCAGACCUCGACACUGCCAUGCAGAAGUACUUCGACAACAAUUCGCACCUCGCAACCUCCCCGGAAGAACUCGAGACCUUCCGCGACGCAGUUCAGGACUUCAUCGCACCCGACAACACAACCCGGAAGAUCUACGAGGACAUCAAGCGCAAAGCCGCCGAUCCUUCCACGAGUGGCGCCUGGGCUAACGAGUAUCUGAUGGAAUACACAUUCCUCACCCGCCGGGAACCGACGCAGUACACAAGCUUCGCUGCAAUCUAUCACCCCAGCAAGAACCCGCACACACAGGCCGAGGCUGCGGCGAUUAUUGCGACCACGGCGUUCCGGUACAAGAAAGAAAUCGAUGAUGGGACGCUCGAGCCGACAUAUAUGCUUGGGAUUCCGGUAUGUACUACACUGAACAAGUGGCUGUUCAACACGGCGAGGCUGCCUGGGGUUAAGAGAGAUGAGACUGUGAAAGGCAGUGGUGAUUACUGUGUUGUCAUGAGGCGUGGUCGGGCUUUUGUGGUUUUUCUGCAGGAAGGGGGUGAAGAUGUCCCACUCGAUGCUGUCAGGGAUAGCGUGACUGCCAUCUUGGACUGUGUUCGGGACCAAGGCACCCAGGUGGGCUUGUUGACGAGUGAUAGACGAGACUCAUGGGCCAAGACCCGUGAGCGACUCCUAACACUCGAGCCGCGCAACGAAGAGUACUUCCGCCAGAUUGAGGCUGCAGCAUUCGCCAUUUGCCUGGACGACGGUGCCCCCGAGACCCCCGAGGAACGCUCCAAGCACUGCCGCUUCGGCGAAGGGGCCAACAGGUGGCACGACAAGGGCGUGCAGUUCGUGGUGGCCGCCAACGGCAGCGCAGGUGUCAUCUUCGAGCACUCCUAUAUCGAUGGGACGCUGCCACUCCCGCUUCACACUCGCAUCGCCGACGCCAUCAACGCCUACAGUCCUUCCAAUAACACUAACGGCAAGGACGGCGACAAGUACAACGGCCACACUCCUCCCUUGCCACAAGAACUACACCUCACCACGGACAUCGAAGCAGACUCACAACUGACCACCCUCCAACAAAAAUGGGCAUCCUUCUCCACCGCCCGCGAAUUCAUCUACCAUCGCACACCCUCUUUCGGCCAGACAUUCAUCUCCUCCCACAACCUUCCCCUAAAAGGCGUCCUUGACGCAACAAUGCAACUGGCGACACACUUCUACUACGGCACCCUCCCACCAAACUGGCAGCCCGUAGCACUCACCCAGUUCAAUGAAGGCCGGCACGACCUAGUGCAGCUCAACUCCCCCGCGGUCAAGGCGUUCUGCGACGCCGCGACCGACGAGUCCAAGUCGAUGUACGCGCGCCGCACGUUGAUGCUCAAAGCCGCACGGGACAUCAAUGCCCGUACGCGUGAGGCUAGGGAGGGCCAUGGGUUCUUCAGGUUGUUCCAUGUCAUUGACAAGCUCCAGCCGCCAGAGGAGCCGCGGCCGGCGAUUUACACGCAUCCGCUGCAAAAGAGAUUGGAUAACUGGCGGGUGAUUAGCUACAUCAAUGAUGUGAACUUUGACAGUGUGCAGAUUUCGAUGGAUCCGGAAGCGUUGAGGCUGAAGUAUACCAUUGAAGCGGACAGUUGUGUUAUCAGCACAUGCUGUGGUAAGGAUAAGGUGGAAGAUGUGGCUCGGGCUAUUAGGCAGGCUGUAGAGACUAUGAAGGUAUUGAUCACGGCGGGUGUGAGCCGCGAACGGAAGGAGGCCGUAUAAAAGACGUAAGAAAGUAUAUGUGCGCUCUUUCGUUUCCUACUAUCCCUCUAGUGAUAGGGUGGAUGAAGC